AUGGCACUUCCUCGUCGCGUGCUGGAUGGAAUGCAAGAGCUCCUGCACAAGGAGCCUGAGAAGUUGGUGAAGACCGUGCAGUCCUGCCUGGACUUUUUGACGGAGCACGGCAUGGUCACGACCAUGAAGCUGCCCCCACUGGCAGUUGGAGUCCACCCUUCCAACCGGGACGGGUGUGGAGUGAACCCAUCUGACGUUCACGAGCUCAUCGACAACAUCAGUGGCGUUGGAUGGGUGGAUUCGAAAGUGAAUGGCAUAGCAGUUGAGGUUGAGGAUUCGCACCGGAACUUCAACCAGCAGAUCUGCUUGGCGGCGGCUGGUGCCUUGGGGACGGUGGAUUCCAUGGCCUUGAAAGCGGUUACGCUAUGUGGGAGUCACACCAAUUAUGCACUUCGCCUGAUCGUGCAGGAGGCUUUCUACAAAGCCGCUACUACCGGCAUUACGUUCAAGGUGCUGAACAAGGAGGUCGCCCGUCAAUGGCCGGACCUCCUGCCAAUGAUCCAGCAGUAUGGCAAUGCAAGUUUACAGAAACAAGAGCACGAACUUCAGAUGUUGUGCCGCCUGCAUGCUUUGUACGUGGCCCAACAUGCAAAAGGGGGCGCAGUGUCGUUCGCUGAGAUCAAACGGAAGGCUUUGCAAAGUCGACCGCCUUGCGCUGCUGCAGUGCCAGCUUUGUACAGCUUUGUUCUCAAAGCUAGUGGUGGCAGUACAGGUGAGCUCCUCAAGGAGACAGAGCGUUUCGUGAGACAGCGAUGUUCUUCGGCGAGGUCGUUGGGGGCAGAUCUUUGGGAGGUCUUGGCUCAUGAGCCUAAAGGUUUCGCUUCUUCUGGCUCUUUGGCCUUGUUCAGACAUGCAAUGGUGAAGCUGGCCUACUCGUCGAAGAAGAUGGGCAAGGCCGAAUGCAAGAAGAUGUUCAGUCAGGACAUCAAGCGUGAUGUGGUCACGGCAGAUGCUUUGAUGAACGAACUUCGUUCACUGGCAAGGCACCACGCAGAUCCGAGUACUCCACAGGUGUUCAUUGCCCAAGGCUUGACUGACCAGAUGUUGGCAAGCUUUGCCAUCAAGCUUCGUCUUCCAGACGAAAAGCUAUAUGAAUCGUUCGAUGAGAUUUGCCAUGACUUUGUCCUGGUCUUGAGGCACAUGACUGGCCAGCCUGUCCCUUCUCGAUGGGAGGCAGGUUUGAAGGAAGAGGAGAAGGCCAAGGUCAAAGAGAGUGAUUCUCAGGCCUCCCUGCGGGAGCUGAAAGAAGAUGGAACCUUCAAGGAUCCGGCCAAGGUGCUUGCUGAGAUGGGGUUCCCGGUCGGAUCGCACAUUCGCCGCAAGAGUGACAAGACAGAGGCCGUGAUCACGGAAGUGGUGGAAGACAAUGUGAAAGUCUCGAUUGAUGGAGGCUUCUUCAAAGUCAACAUCAAGGAGUCAACUGUAUUGCAAGAUCUUGCCCAGUACGCCACGAGCCAGAGCUGGAACUACGAGGCCUCUUUGACUGCUGCCAAGAUCACUUUGGAACUUGAGGACCUCUCGAAGAAGUACAAGCAGGAUCAAUGGCACGCCCUUGAGCUUCAACUGAAGCCAGGCAAGGUUUUGCAGGUCGUACAGCCCAUCCAGAAGCACAAGCUCAUCUUGGCGCCAACAACUUCAAAAGUCAUGUUCAAGUGGGAGGGGGUUCCUGCCGCUGGCGUGAAGGUUGAGACCGACUGGGAGGAUGCUUGCUCUUUCUUCCUGCUCGCAGAUUCCAAGUUGCCAGGAGAUGAUGAGCCAGAAGAUCCAAAGGAUUGCAGCUUCUGCCCGUACUUCAGCGUGGAGAAGACCAGCAAGGAGGACGAGUCCAACAUGGAGGUGUUCUGGGCCCAUGGGCGAGACAGUACUUUGAGGUUUCCUCUUCUCCGCAACACGAGGAAGCUCGAGACUGGAGAGCGGCUGAUGAUUUGGCAGGAGAAAGUGUCUCAGGCAGUGGAGCCUCUUGCUGCAGCUUCACCGGCCAAGCGGCCUGCACCGGAAGGCGGCCGCGCCAAGAAGAGGAGCAAGUGA